GAACAGUAUUGCACCACUCGUCACGAAUUCUUCAGAAGAAGAAAGCUCCACAAGCAGCACAAGCGGCACUAACAAAAACCAAAAAUACCACAAUACCGAUACGAAUGCGAGCAAACAAUACUGAACUAGACUAGCAUUGUAGAAUAAAGACGCAACGAUGAUCAGUCGCCAGCUCUUCGAUGCCAUGCAUCGCAAAAAGAGCCUGUCGGAUGCUCGUUACGGCUGCGGAGACGGGAACAGUGGCGAAGGAACACAAGCAAGCCUCCGUCGGUCGCUCAACGCGAUAGAUCUGGUCCUGUAUGGCCUGGGGUCGGCCGUCGGUGCCGGAAUCUACAUCCUGGCCGGCAUCGGUGCCAAGCUCGCGGGACCCGCAAUCUCCCUGAGCUUUUUGGGGUGCGGCUUGUCGUGCACGCUGACGGCCCUUGCCUACGCCGAGUUCUCGAGCUUGAUCCCCGCUAGUGGAUCGGCCUACAUCUAUACGUACGUUGCCUUUGGAGAAGUCUACGCCUUUUGUGUCGGGUGGAACCUGAUUCUGGGCUAUGGCUUCACUGCCAGCGUUGCGGCUCGGGCGUGGGCGGAUUACGUCGGAGAUUUCAUGGUCAAGGCAACCGGUGCCGACUGGAUCAUUCCCUACUUCACCGAGGUGCUUUUUUUUCCUUCUGUUUUGGGGGAAGAUUACACCUGUUCUCCUCUGUCGGUGGUCAUUGUGAUCGUCUCGACCAUUGUCUUGCUCCGGGGAGCCAAGGACAGCUCGACCUUCAACAACCUUAUCUGCAUCACGAAUCUCUUUAUUUUGGCCCUCAUUGUGGUCUCGGCGGUGACCAGUGGAUCGAUCGAACCUACCGACAAUCUGACCCCCUUUGCUCCAUCCGGCAUGCCCGGAAUUUUGCGCGGGGCCGGUCUAGUCUUUUACGCCUUUAUCGGAUUUGACAUGGUGGCCAGCUUGUCCGAAGAAGUCGUUCAUCCCGAAAGAAACAUGCCCAUCGGAAUUGUGGGGUCACUAUUAUUGUCGACCUUGAUUUAUUGCGGGGUGACGCUCGCGGUUGUCGGGAUGACCCCACUCUCAUUUCUCGGCGAGACGACACCCCUGGUGAAUGCCAUCCUGGCUAAUGCCUGCUGCACGCAUUCCGAACAAAUGGAAGUGGUGCAGAGCGAGAACGAGGACGUUGGCGUAUGCCUCAAGGACUGCCCGGCGUUCGAAAAACCGAUGUUGGCCUUUGUGAGUCGCGUUGUUUCGGGAGGUGCGGGGUUUGGAUUGAUGGCGGCGUGCUUCACAAGGUAGGCACGAGCACUAGCAGGCAUCGGAAAGGAAUCUCGGCACAAUCGAACCAAACUCGGGAUAUGCUGUUGAUGACGAUCGUGUAUGCAAAUGACACAUUGAGGACACAUUGCUGACCAAGUUUUGUGUUUUUUUUCUUUCUUUUCGAUUAGCUUGAUGGGUCAGCCUAGAAUUGUAAGUAAUACAGUUUUGGGUUGGAUACGCUGGAUACGCAUCGAUACAAUCAUACCUAUGUACAACGCGCAAUGCUCAUAGCCAUUUCUUUCUCUUGUUCUCGAUCUCUUGAAAAAUUCCUGCCACUAAACCCCCGCAGUUUUAUCGCAUGGCACUGGAUGGUUUAUGGUUCCCACUUUUUGCUAGGUACGAUUUCUCAAGCUGAAAAGCAAAGAAAAAUUGAGUGAGAGAGCACUUUAACUUUCUUAUUGCUUACCUUCCGUUGCAUUUUAUUUUCUACACAACACAACCGAUCAUAAUGUUUUACGUUAUCAAUUCUAAGAGUCAAUCCUGAAACGCAGGUGAGUUGGAGUUUGUAGCUCUGGCAUCUUCAUUUUCGAUAAAUCUCGUAAAAAUGCAUUCGUUCACACAACAGUCUUGUAUUUUUCAACUAUCAAACCAGACAAUGUCAGAAGGAAUUCUGAUGACAGGAUUCGUGGCAGCUUUGAUUGCUUGUUUCGUACCUCUGGAAGCCCUCGCGAAUUUGAUAUCCCUUGGCACACUGAUGGUCUUCACAUUCGUCGAUGCCGGAGUCAUACUGUUGAGAUUAGGAAAUGUAUCGGAAAAGAUAUCACAGGACAGUGAUGUAGACUAUGAAAAUACAACAGCAAACGAAGCAGGAGCAAAAUCUCCCGUCACAGCAAACAAUCCUCAAAAACGAGUCAUCAGAUUGCUAAUUUUGUUCACGGCUUCCGUUCUUGGAGCAUCGUUCAUUUUGUCUCAUAAUUUAUUGGGCUCGUCGUCAAGCAGAGCCCCGCUUCUUUUCUUUGCAGGAAUUGCCUUGCUGUGUGGAGUUUUGAUUUGCUACACCCCAGAUUCUUGGACAUUGAAACAUCGAAGCAUCACGUUGUCGACACAUUUCGAGUGCCCGUGUUUUCCUAUCAUCCCGGUAAGUUUGACGUUGCAAAAUGGUCGAAUAAAUUUGGGCGUUAGGUAUCAAAUGCUUCUUCUAGUGGAGCUACAUUGGUUCUUUCUCAUUUUUUUUAUUUCAUGAUCGGACGAAUUCUAUCCUAUCCAUAGCUUGGGGGCGUGGCUUUGAACACAAUGCUAAUGGGGGGGCUUCCGUUAUCCUCCUGGCUUCUCUGCGCUGUUUGGCUAACAUGUGGACUUGCUAUCUAUAUAUACUACGGUGUAAAUCACUCGAAGCUUAGAGAGGACACAUACCCUUCGUGCCAUGCAGAUACAGACCGCCUUCUUAAAAAAUCAAACAGAUACGAUACCAUGGGUUGUAAGAAUCUGAGAUGAAGCGGAACUUUUGUCUUCUACAACAUUCCUAUACUGUCUUAGCUUUAGGAGUAAAAUCAUUCCUGAUGAAGUGCACACAUACUACAUUAACCUACAUCAGAUUAUUUUUAAGGAUUGUUCCUUCAUGUCAGAGUACUACUGAGCGCAAUACGAUGAGAAAGUUGUUUUCCAUAGGAACCGGUUGUUGCUCGAAGCAAUCGAUAAAUGUGAUUCUUCGAUCGCUCUGCAUAAGAAGUUGAAAUCUGUUCUUGGGUCCCUUUUUGGAUACGAGCGAGUACAUGAGGCCAUAGUGAUAAGGGAAUGUCAAGACUCUUUCCCAUGAACGAGUUGAAGUAGUUUGUUUCUGUUUGAAUCUGUAUCAACUCAUUGCAUUUGUACUGAAGAAAUGCAUUUUCAACAUUAACCUCCUUCAGUUUUUGGCAAUUACGAACUAAGUUCAGAAGCAUUUUCGCCCCAGCUUCAUCGAAAGGGUUUGCUCCCACAUCUAAGACGCACAAAUUGUUGCUUCUACCUCGGGAUAAAAGCAACUGAGUAAGGUGUUGGAUUUCACCAUUAAGCAGGUAGUUUUCCGAUAUAAUCAAGUUGGACAAACUUG